AUAUAUUACCUCAUCACUUGCAAAUGUUGCAUUGUUUCUGUUUUGUGGCAGAAUAUAAUGUUUAGUAUUUGAAUGCCGCUGUGAAUAUCUAGCAUAAAUUUAAAGAAGAAAAUGGAAAUUUUAUCAUUUCUGCUUGGACUAAUUUUAUUGGUUGAAAGCUCAAGAUCGGACGAUAACGUUGGUAAAGGUUCUAAUUUAGAUAUUGUAAUGGAACUUCAACAAGCUGAAAUAUCUGGCAUGGGUUCUGGAGACUCCCUGGAUAAAAUACCUGAAUUUAGGGAUCGCCAGAGUGAAAUAAGAUGGAAAUUAAACAAAGUCAGAAAACAGUUGAAUUCUGCAAAGACGUAUUCAAGAUUGGCUAGAAGAAUGAAGGAGUCUUUGAAGCUGGGAAUGGACAAAAACCAAGGAGAAAUUGAGAAAAUCAUUAGAAAAGCAGAAAAGUCCUUAGUUCACACUGGCGAACAAAUGGGGCUCGAUUAUAUGCAUUUUAAAAGAGAAGCUGAAUAGGAGGUUCUGAAAUAUUUAAGUUAGCUAUUUUAUCUUUGGUUGGAUGCAAAGGAGCGAGUGCUUAUAAAUACUCCCUAAUAUGAUUACUUUCCAAAUCUUUUUAAUUCAUAACAAAAAUCUUAUCAAUCAGUGCCGGAUUACUGAAGGUUUUUCACUGGCCGAUAGUUGCUCGUUUCCUCUGAGCUUUCUAUAGUUUAGGGGCUGUUUACAUGAGCCCGGUUACCCGAGAUUCAACGAAGCGUGAGAUGCUUUUGAAGUAUUGAAA